GUUUGUUUUGACAAGUUUGAAUCAGUGCUUCAAAAGUGGGUGAAAAUCUUCCUGGCCAGGGUAAAAUUUUAAUUAAAAUCAUAUUCUAUUCCACAUCCCGGCAAUGGAAGCGAACGAAAACGACGCUGCAUGUAUGGAAGUUGAAGAGCAGCUUGCGGUUGAAACGGAAAACGUUGCGUUUGAUGUGCAAAUGGUGGAAAGUGAGACACCUUCAUCCGCAUCAAUAACAGUGCAUCAUCAACAACAAAAUGACGAGGUUUCUCCCCAACCAAUCGAGACCCGAAUUGAAAAUAACGUACAAGCAGUUGAACCCAUGGAGAAAAUACCUUUAUUGGCGACUCCGCCUGGUGUGAUAAAACCGAAUGGACCGACAACAAAUGUGGUGAAUAGUGUUGCUCCAGUUGGUGCCAAACAAAAUAAUUUGCCCGUAACUAACCUUGGUGCAGUUCUCACUCCGUUGUCAACCACUGGUCCAGCCCAAACACAAGAACUGUGGGUCGAAACGAAAACUGCGGAAGGAAAAUCUUAUUUUUACCAUGCGAUUACCCGUGAGACAACUUGGACACGACCGGAUGGGCCAAAUGUUAAGGUGAUGACCCAGGCGGAUGUUGAAGCGGUAAACAAACAGACAACAGUUACCCAACAGAAACCUAUUUUGGACCAAAAACCAGAUCAAAUACCUUCUUUACUUGCAACCCCGGUGGUUUCUCAAGUUGUACCAACGACAGCUCCCGCUCUUACACAAUCGGUUCCACGAUUUUCUGGGCCUCCACCGGCAUUCAUGGGAGGAAUGCCGCCUUUCGGUAUGCCACCCCCUUCGUUUCCUAAUUUUCCUCCUUGGAAUCCCACUGCAAGUGGUGCCACCGGUCAGUGGCCUGCUAUCGCUUCACCUCUGAUAGAUCCUGCCAAAGCAAUUGCUGAGAUUAAAAUAAAUGAAAUUGAUCCGAGUAUUGCCGCUAAAGCUGUUGAAUGGACCGAACAUAAAGCACCUGAUGGGAGACCGUACUAUUAUAACGCAUCGAAGGGCGAGAGUGUAUGGGACAAACCACAAGCCAUCAAAGAUAUGGAAAUGGCUAAACUGGCCGUCUAUAAUGUUCGACAGAAACCGAAGCCGAUACCACCAUUCAUUGCCCCACCGAUACCACCUCAAAUGCCUAUAAUACCACCGCUGCAAACAAGUCUACCGCCGGGCAGUGGAAUUCCUGGUCAACUCGCUUCGGCAAGUGUGAAAAUCCAACAGUUCCCUCCACAGCUCGCCCAGGUUGCAACCAGUGCGGCACCGAUUCGACUGCAACAAAUUAGCGGGGCACCGGGUUUGGUAUUCGACCAGAUAAGUUUCAUAGCCAAUAGCAAAAACGAGAAGCAAGACGAAGAUAAAAAGAAGAAAGCCGAGGCAGAGAAGAAAAAGAAGGACGAAGAAGAAAAAGCCAAAGCGGCCAAACCUCAGGACAAAACACGACCAAUUUCAAGCACACCAAUCAGCGGAACACCCUGGUGUGUGGUUUGGACAGGAGAUGGGCGCGUUUUCUUUUACAAUCCUUCGACGAGGACCUCAGUGUGGGAGCGUCCAGAGGACUUGAAGGAACGUUCUGACGUGGACAAAGCAAUCUCUGUUCCACCCCAGCAGCUGUUGGGUAAUGUACCGAAGGAAACAGAAAGUUUAGCUCAAAGUUCGAAAGCUUCCUCAAUACUGGAAACGAUAGAAAAACGUUCAGAGACAGAGUCGAGCGCCGAAGAGGGGGAGGAUGUGCCCAGCAAAAAGUUCAAAACAGAUGUGGAGGCUGUCAUCAGAACCUCACAAUCUUCAGCUGCUGGUAGCUCUAAAAGUGGAAACGAUCCGGAGAAAGAAGCACAGGCUAUGGAAGCCGAAGCACGAGCCUCUAGGGAACGCGCUUUGGUUCCGUUGGAUGUGAGAAUGAAAUCCUUCAAGGAAAUGCUGCGGGAGAAAGAUGUGUCCGCUUUCAGUACAUGGGAAAAAGAACUGCACAAAAUUGUAUUCGACCCGCGGUAUCUGUUGCUUACCUCGAAAGAGCGCAAACAGGUGUUCGAAAAAUACGUUAAGGAUCGUGCUGAGGAGGAGCGCAAAGAGAAGAAAAACAAGAUGAAGCAGAAACGAGAAGAAUUUCGUUCCCUGCUGGAAUCAGCCAACUUGCAUGCGAAGUCAUCAUUUAGCGAAUUUGCCCAGAAGUAUGGAAAAGACGAUCGAUUCAAAGUUAUCGAGAAAAUACGUGAACGCGAAAGUUUGUUCAAUGAGUUUAUAGUUGAGGUGCGUAAACGAGAGAAGGAGGAUAAGCAGAACAAGAAGGAACAGAUCCGUAAGAACUUCAUGGCCAUGCUUCGAGAACACAGUGAAAUAACUCGCCAUUCUCGAUUCCACGACGUCCGCAAGCGAUUAGAGUCGGAUAGUCGGUAUCGGGCCAUCGCCGAUCCCGCUCUGCGUGAGGAUUUGUUCGAGGAACACGUGAAGAUCCUGAAGGACGAGAAAAAACGAGCCAAGGAAAAGGACCGAAAACGUCGCGACAGACGUUCGAGCGACCGGCGUGGAUCGUCUCGGGAUCGGAGUGAAUCAAGGGAUCGUGAACAGCAAGAGGACGGUGAACACCCACAUACUUCGGACGAUGAAGCAGAGCGGCAGCAGAAGGAGCGCGAGAGAAGACUCCGCGCUGAGGCAAGUAUUAAAGAGCGUGAGAAAGAAGUCCAGCGUACGUUGGCAACCCAUCUUAGGGAUAGAGAUAAGGAACGUCAGCACCAUCAGCGGGAUGAAGCGAUUCGUCACUUCAAUGCACUGCUGGCGGAUCUUGUAAGGAAUGCUGAUCUCACCUGGAAGGAAGUAAAGAAGCAGUUGAAGAAGGAUCACAGAUGGGAGCUGGUUGAGCAACUUGAGCGAGACGAUCGCGAAAGACUGUUCAAUGACCAUAUCAAUAAUCUUGUUAAGAAGAAGCGUGACAAGUUCCGCGAAAUGUUGGAUGAAAUCUCCACACUGGAAUUAACGAGUCAGUGGAAGGAAAUCAAAAAGAUUAUUCGUGAAGACCCACGGUAUCUCAAAUACAAUAGUAGUGAAAGGUGCGAACGCGAAUUUCGUGAGUAUAUAAAAGACAAGACUAUGAACGCAAAGCUUUCGUUUCGCGAGCUGUUGCAGGAGUGCAAAUUUAUUACCCACAAAGGCUGGGAAUCAUAUCGGGAGAACACGAACCAUCUGCGUGAGAUCGAAGACAUCCUGCGCAACGACAAACGCUAUCUCGUGUUGAAUCAUCUGCAUACCGAGAGGACUCAAAUGAUACUAGGUUAUCUCGAGGAUCUGCACAAGCGCGGACCACCGCCACCUCCAACAGCAAGUGAGUCGUCUCGGAGGAAGUAAGUGAGUUAGACAAAUCGACUUUUUUUUUAAAUUCAAUAAUCAUCGGAACAAAUGAUACUUAGGUAGUAACGUAAUAAUCGUAUAACAUUGAACUUGGCUAAAUUUAAGCAUCUAUCACUAUAUUAGUAUUAUUGGUAACGAUUUAUAAAUCCGUACCAGUCACGUGAGAAGGUAUUGGGUUUAUAGGUAACCGUGUGACCGGAAUUGAAAUUGACAGCGAGGAAUAAAAUUUAUUAGUGGGAAUUAACACGAGCCAGUACCAAUGAAUAUUGGUGUAUGUUA